AGACGAGACAUCCACAUUUUUGAAUAAUGAUGGCACACGACAUGGAGCGAGUACUGAUGUCCCCGGCGUUCGAAGUGUUCAACAAGCUUCGGCUGGCAGGACAGCUCUGUGACAUGGUCCUCAUCGCAGACGGUGUUCAGUUCAACGCCCAUAGAGUGAUUCUGUGUGGCUGUAGCUCCUACUUCCAGGCUCUGUUCGCCAGUGACUGGAGUGAUUCAGGAAAGCGGGAGUACCAACUCCCAGGCAUUUCCCCUGAAACAUUGAGGCAGGUCAUCGAGUACGCCUACACAUACUCUGUGGUCAUCACAGCUGACAAUGUGGAGAACCUCCUGGCAGCUGCUGAUUAUCUCAGUGUCCUGGGCAUCGUACAGCGCUGCUGUGACUUCCUGCAUGAGCAUCUCUGCCUUGACAACUGUGUUGGGCUUGUCAAAAUCGGAGAAGUCUACUGCCUCAAUGAGCUGCACCAGUCUGCAUUCAAAUUCCUCCUGAAGAACUUUAAGGAGGUUGCCAUCACAUCAAACGAUUUCCUAGAACUCACGCUCGAAGAACUUUGUGACAUCAUGGAGCGGGAUGAACUGAAUGUCAGAGAAGAAGAUGUGGUGUUUGACGCCAUCCUCCGUUGGAUCGAGCACGAGCCUGCCACCCGAGAGGCCCACAUUUCAGUUCUGUUGCCCAAGGUUCGCAUGGCUCGUAUGGAUCCAGAAUAUUUUAUGAAGAUCGUCAAAAACAACGAUCUAUUGAAGGCCAAUGCGGCGUGCAGGCGAAUUAUCAGCGAUGUCUUAAAGGUCAUCUAUGAUCUUGACGAAAGUCCACUCUCUGACUUUGAGAACCCGCUGAUCCGCCCACGCUUGCCCUCUGACAUUUUGCUGGCUGUUGGUGGUUGGAACAUGCGCACUACCAACUGCAUCGAUGCGUAUGACACACGGGCCGACCGCUGGGUGGAUAUCACGCAGGAGGAGCAGACCAACCUAGCUGGUCAUGGCAUGGUGUACCAUAAUGGAUUUGUGUACUGCAUUGGGGGAUGGCAGCGCUGCAAUAUUAGUGUGGUCGUGCUUGAUGGGUUCAUCUACGCCAUGGGUGGCCAUAUUGGUUUCAGGCCCCUCAAUAAAGUAGAGCGGUACAACCCAGUAACCAACAAAUGGACCCAGAUCGAGCCCAUGAAUGAGAGGCGAAACGAUGCCAGUGCCACCACCCUGAAUGGCAAGGUAGGGUAA